AUGUCUUUAUAUCGAAACUGGAACCGAAAACAGUUAAGGUUGCAUUGGAUGCAACCUGGCUGGAUUGUUGCAAUGAAAUUCGAAUUAGCUGAAUUCGAAAGAAAUAAGAUAUGGCGUUUAGUUCCAAAACCUAAUGAUGUGUCGGUAAUCGGAUUAAAAUGGAUUUUUAAGAAUAAAACCGACAAAGAGGGUGAUAUUGUUCGAAACAAAGCACGGUUGGUUAUUAAGGGAUAUUCGCAACAAGAAGGAAUUGACUAUGAUGAAACCUUUGCCCCUGUCGUGAGACUUGAGGCUGUUCGAAUAUUUCUUGCUUAUGCAGCAUACAAGGACUUCGAUGUAUAUUAA